AUGCUCUUCGUCACGCUUCCUUUGUAUCCAUGUCAGCACUUUCAUCUUCUCGACGACCAAAGGCCCUCCCUCACGCCCGCCCUCCCCUCCGGGGGAUCCGGCUCCGUCGUCUGGGGCCUCGUGGGCGCCGGCAUCUGCAACAUGUCUGGUGUCGCUCGCCGAGUUCCUGUCGGCGUACCCCACGGCCGGCGGGCAGUAUCACCGGGCGGCCAUCGUCUCGUGCAAGAGCGCGAGCCGCGCCGUCGGCUACGUGACGGGUUGGCCUGGCUUCUUGGUCCGCUCCAGGGCGCCUCUGCAUUGACGGGCUUUGAUGCCACCGCACACAUUCAACGCAAUCACUGCUGCGUUCGUGGUUGCGCUGUGCGUGACGUCGGUGUCCUGUGGACAGUCCUCACAGUCGUCCUUUUCGUGUUUCCGCCCUCUAUCCCUGUCACGGCAAGCAAAGUGAACUACUGUAUCCUGGCCUUUGGCUUCAAGCUUCUCAUUGCCGGCGGGACCUGGGUGUCUGAUGGACGCAGGCACUACCAAGGUCCACAACUGAAUAGCCAGGGCUUGAUGAAGGGCAAGCUGGAAAUGAUGGAGGCCGCCAUGGGGGUGAACUCGUCGAAGAAGACGCAGAAGGCGAUGCUUCAAGGUCAAGUCGCGGCAGCCUUGCUAUAG